CGUACGAAGUCGGUGAAUUUGUGCGAGAGAAUACGAAACACUUCGAUCCGGAGUCGCGAAGCAACCGAAAGACGCGAAGAGGCGACACGACUUUUGCGGCGGGGGGUUGAAAUCGCAAUCCUCCCAAAGAGAGAAGGAAGAAUCGUCCUAUUUACGAGACGAAAGAAGAAACACUCGCAGGGGGAGACCGACGUAUCAGAUUCGCAGACAGACGCGAUAUCGCGACGAUGGUACCGAUCCUGCUGAUACCCGUAAUCGGAUUCGUGGCGGCAAAUCCCCUUCCAGACGCGCUGGAUAACCGAUUGGUUUCUCAAAUUCAAAAGGCGCUCUCGCGAUCCGCGGAGAGUCGCCUCGACACAAUGCACGAGAGUCCAAACAAAAUGAACAAAAUGAUGGAAAAUAUAAAUAAGACGCAAACGGUUCUGCCGAAGCGCACGAGCGAUCGUCUCAGAGCGUCCGGUUUGGAAACGACGGACGGAUUCAACGAAUUUGUUGAGAAACGGACGAUAGGGCGAAAACACAAGGCUAUAUUCGUGGAUUAUCCUCUGAUACCGCAUUACCCGAGGGUGCCCGCGUACGAAGUCGACGACUCAUCGGAGAUCACGACGAAAGACAGAUUGUCGGGGGAGUCCGAGAGAUAUCAGGAGAGCGAUAUCUUCUACAUACGACUGCCGCCCACGCCGUACAUGUUCGUGCCCGGUCUUGGCUACAUUUCGCAGCCGCCCGCAUACUCGACCGCCGCCCUGAAGCCUCAAAUAUCUCUCAUCGCCCAGACGCUACCCCAGCUGUCACCCCACAUGAGACCCACGGUGCGACCUCAACCGGCGGCGGCGGCGGUGGUGGCAGCAGCCUCGCAGCAGACCGUUAAUCCUUUCAUUAAAUUGCCCAUAGACUUUGUGAGCAACGGCAAGCCCACCUCCGUCUACCAAUGGCAGAAGAAGCCCGGCAAGAAGCCGACCGACAGUCCAAUCACCAACCUGGACGAGCUGUCAGCCGGCUUUGUGAGCAACGGUAAGCCGACCUCCGUUUAUCAGUGGCAGGCGAAUCUCAAACCGGCAAAGAGGCCGGACAAUUCGCUCAACAGCCUCGAUAUGGGGCCUUACACCUUCAAUGGCAAAUUGACCGGCGUGUACCUGCUCGGGGCCGACGGAUCGUCCUCCGUGCGCCAACCCAUCCGGUAUCCCGAUUAUCAGGACAAUUAUCAAGCCACGUACUACUGAGCACCCGUUCCCGCUAAUUCGCAAACGUCGACUGCGAGGCCGCGACCGUACAAUUUGCAACUUCGUAUCUUUCGUGGCGAAUAUGUUACGGAGGAGUGACAAGUGAUUACACACACGUGUGUUCCGAACUUGGAAUGUGAUACUUGGGUCGCGAUAAUAGUUACUUGCGAAUCUUGACGGGGAAGAGAGCAGCCAAGUGAAUCUAAGUACGCGGAACUCGAGUCUGCUACCGGCGAUAAUAACCACGUGUCGAAUGUUCCAGGCUCUAUAAAUCAUAAUGAACGCGCGCUGUACAUUUGUAAAUUACGUCUACCUACCUACUCCUCGCGUCGCAAAAACAUCACGCGCUUCAUUAUUGAUAUCUUACUAAACGCGCGGGAGUUGCGAAAACGCGUGCGUUUCUCGCUUUCGGAACAAGCGUGCCGAGCGUCCUGAAAUUCGUUUGUUACAUCCUGUAAUGUCGCUACGAUGUAUUCGACGCUUCAUCUGUUUUUGUAAAGUGUACAGAAAACGCGAAAUUUUACGUAAAAGUUUAAAACAAAAUAUUUAUUUUUUACUAUAUUUUUAUA